ACUCUCUUGAAGCCAUUUCAUCGAGAAAAACCUUGUAGUUGCUAGACCAAGUUUUUAUUUUUGUCAAACCAUGAGAUAUUUGAUUGUUUUCAUUGCCAUCUUUGCCCUGUGUUCAUCGACUCAAGGUAUGCUUGGCUUGGAAUACGGAGCUGGUCUUGAAAAACUUAAAGGACUUUAUGGCUUAGAAUUGAAGAAACUCCUUGAAGCUGAGAAGGCGAUUGCAUGGCCAUACCUGUAUUAUUAUCCACUUCUUGUUAAGGGAAAAGAACACGAGAUUGGCAUUGGAAAAGAGAUUGGUCUUGAAAAAUCAGGACAUGAGAUUGGAAUAGGAAAAGAAUUGGGUCUUGAAAAAUCAGGACAUGAGAUUGGAAUAGGAAAAGAAUUGGGUCUUGAAAAAUCGGGACAUGCGAUCUUGUUUGGGAAAGAGUUAGGUACUGGAAAAAGUUUGGAAUAUGGAAAGAAAUUUCAUUAAAAAUAUAAGAUGCAAAGGAGAUUCCAAAAUACAGCUGAAUGAAAAGUUAUUCACCUAAACAGGGAGAAGUUAUCCUCUUUCAUGGAUAUUUGCACUUAUACAAUAAUAUAUAUAUAUAAUGCAAUUGUUAACAAUAAAAAUAUAGCUUAUCUUCUUGAAAUGUGUUAAUUUAUGUAUGUUUUUCUCACUG